ACAGCAUUAAAGUACAGACAGUGUGAUAGUCCGUAUAUGUCCUAGCGUUAGUUUAGGACGGGAUUAAGUACAUCAAGUGAUAUUCUAACUAGGAAUUAAUCAUCUGAGCAGCGUCACUGUUUCUUUUCUCUAGAACCUGCCUUGCUGCCAUCGACGAACCUUUGACUGCUUUAAGACUGAAUCUCACAGCCUGAGUUAACAUGCCUGUGGAAAACAGCGACCAGGAAAGCAUGCUGAGCUAUCAGAGGCCUGAUGAGGAGGUAGUAGUGGACCAUGGUGGCACUAGCUCUGUCAUGAAUACACAUUAUGAGAAAGAAGAGCUAGAGGGUCACAGGACACUGUUAGUGGGUGUGCGGAUGCCUAUGGGCAGACAGUCUCACCGCCACCACCGGCCACACAGCUCCAAACACCGCAGGAGAUCAGAAAGGAUGCGGUCUGGAAAUGUAACUCAGGAAGAGGGGAACACAAGUACCUCAGCUUCACAUGACACACCAUCUCAGAGGGUUCAGUUUAUUCUAGGCACUGAAGAGGAUGAGGAGCACGUGGCACAUGAGCUCUUCACAGAACUGGAUGAAAUCUGUGUUAAAAAAGGCAAAGAUGCAGAGUGGAAGGAAACUGCUAGAUGGCUAAAGUUUGAGGAGGAUGUGGAAGACGGAGGUGAGAGGUGGAGUAAACCGUACGUAGCUACACUGUCUCUCCACAGUCUGUUUGAGCUACGGAGCUGCAUCAUUAACGGGACGGUCCUGUUGGACAUGAAGGCCAGCUGCAUCGAAGAAAUUGCAGAUCUGGUGCUUGACCAUCAGGAUGCUGCUCAUGAACUGGAUGACAGUGUGAGAAUGAAGGUCCGUGAGGCACUUCUGAAGAGACAUCACCACCAGAGCGACAAGAAGCGGAACAACUUGCUGCCCAUGGUCAAGUCCCUCACUGACUCUGGCAGGAGACAGAGCGAACCUCACUCUAUGGACAAGACUGGCCCUGCCACCUCUCCUCAGCCUCCACCUACAAACACUGAAAUAAAGAAUGGAGCAGCACAGGAAAAUGGCCAGAUGGAUCUCAGUAAGGUGGACACACAUUUUAUGAAAAAGAUCCCCACUGGAGCAGAGGCUUCCAAUGUGCUGGUUGGUGAACUGGACUUUCUAGAGAGAUCCAUUGUAGCUUUCGUUCGCCUGUCUCCUGCUGUACUGCUAACAGGGCUCACUGAAGUUCCUAUACCUACUAGAUUCUUGUUCAUCUUGCUUGGUCCAGAUGGAAAAGCCCAGCAGUAUCAUGAGAUUGGACGCUCUAUGGCCACCAUUAUGACUGAUGAGAUUUUCCAUGACGUUGCUUAUAAGGCAAAAGACAGGAGUGAUUUACUUGCGGGGAUAGAUGAGUUUCUGGAUCAAGUGACAGUUUUGCCUCCAGGAGAGUGGGACCCUUCUAUACGCAUCGAACCUCCUAAGAGUGUCCCCUCACAGGAGAAGAGAAAGAUACCAGGAGUGCCGAAUGGAACAGCUGUUCAGGAUGAAGAAGAGCAGCAUGCAGAAUACCAUGGACCAGAACUACAGAGAACUGGGAGGCUAUUUGGAGGAUUGAUUUUGGAUGUGAAGAGAAAAGCUCCAUUUUAUCUAAGUGAUUUUAAAGAUGGCCUGAAUCUGCAGUGUGUAGCUUCAUUCCUCUUCCUCUACUGUGCCUGCAUGUCUCCUGUCAUUACCUUUGGAGGACUUCUAGGAGAGGCUACAGAGGGACGAGUUAGUGCCAUUGAGUCUCUGUUAGGAGCCUCAAUGACUGGAGUAGUGUACUCUCUGUUUGCUGGACAGCCACUAACUAUACUGGGCAGCACGGGACCUGUUCUCGUGUUUGAAAAGAUUCUCUUCAAGUUCUGCAAAGACUAUGAUCUCUCAUACCUGUCCCUGCGCACAUGUAUCGGUCUGUGGACAGCCUUCCUGUGUCUGAUUCUUGUUGCGACUGACGCCAGCUCAUUGGUCUGUUACAUUACACGUUUCACAGAGGAAGCUUUCGCUGCGCUCAUCUGCCUCAUCUUUAUUUAUGAGGCCCUAGAGAAGCUUUUCCACCUUAGAGAACUGUACCCCAUCAACAGACAUGGAGAUCUGGACAAACUCACACUGGCUUACUGUAGGUGUGCAGAGCCUGACAAUCCCAGUAAUAAAACACUAGAGCUGUGGAGUCACAGAAACAUCACAGCCUCUGCAGUGUCGUGGAGCAACCUCACUGUAACGGAGUGCUUAGAUCUCCAGGGUCAGUUUAUUGGAACAUCGUGUGGACAUCAUGGUCCCUACACCCCUGAUGUUCUCUUCUGGUCGGCCAUCUUGUUUUUUGGUACCUUUUUCCUGUCUAGCUUCCUGAAACAGUUCAAGACUAGCAGAUACUUUCCAACACGGGUACGGUCAAUGAUCAGUGAUUUUGCUGUGUUCCUCACCAUUGUCCUUAUGGUCCUGAUUGACUAUAUCAUUGGAAUUCCAUCCCAAAAAUUACAAGUGCCCAGCAAAUUCAAGCCGACACGUGAUGAUCGUGGUUGGCUGAUUAAUCCCAUUGGGCGAAACCCGUGGUGGACAGUCCUGGCUGCCUCAAUACCUGCUCUUCUCUGCACCAUCCUCAUCUUCAUGGACCAACAGAUCACUGCUGUCAUCAUAAACCGCAAAGAACACAAACUUCAAAAAGGCUGUGGGUAUCAUUUGGAUCUUCUAAUGGUUGGACUAAUGUUGGCCGUGUGUUCCGUCAUGGGGUUGCCCUGGUUUGUUGCGGCAACCGUCCUGUCAAUCUCCCAUGUCAACAGCCUGAAACUAGAAUCUGAGAGCUCCGCCCCUGGAGAGCAGCCUCGAUUUCUGGGCAUUAGGGAGCAGAGACUGACUGGUCUGGUAAUUUUUCUACUGAUGGGCUGCUCUGUGUUUAUGACUGGAGCAUUACAGUUCAUUCCCAUGCCUGUGCUCUAUGGUGUAUUUCUUUAUAUGGGAGUCUCAUCUCUUAAAGGCAUUCAGUUCUUUGAUCGUCUGAAGUUGUUUGGCAUGCCACCAAAACAUCAGCCGGACUUUAUUUAUUUACGUCAUGUUCCUCUGAGGAAGGUUCACCUGUUCACUGUGACCCAACUGACCUGUCUUGUGCUUCUCUGGGUCAUCAAAACCUCCCCUGCUGCAAUUGUUUUCCCUAUGAUGGUGCUGGCAUUAGUGUUCAUCCGUAAGCUGCUGGAUUUCUGUUUCUCUAAGCGAGAGCUUAGUUACUUAGAUGAUCUGAUGCCUGAGUGGAAGAAGAAGAAGCUGGAUGAUGAUUCCAAAAAGGCAGAGGAGCGGGAAUCACAGGAGAUGCUGAUUGAUGACUGUGUGAAAGAAGAUAAAAACACUGUGCAGAUCCCAAUGGAGAGCAAACCUCUACACUCACCUCGAACCCCAGACCCCAGGACUGAUCCCUCCGAUAUUAACAUAUCUGAUGAAAUGUCUAAAACUACUGUAUGGAAAUCCCUCAAUUCCAAUCACAAAGAUACACAACGCUCAAGUAUACAUAAAAAGGAAGUACCGUGAACUAAACCCCCAGACUGAGGAAAUUAUAUACUUGGCGUCGGUUGUUUGAAACUCAGCUGACUUACAGAAGCAGUCAUGUGCUAAAAAUACACAGAUAUCAGUGCACUCUUUUCCACUGUUUCUCAAAAACAGAUGUGCUCACACACACACACACACACACACACUCAAAGAGAGUGAUUUCAGCUGUGAUUUAUGUAUAGCUGUGUGAGUGUGGCGUGAUAUACAGUUCUGGUGUGUUAAUGUGUGUAAACAUAUGUGCAUAGAGGAGAACACACACUCCUACCAAAUUCAGGUUAUUUUAGUUUUUAAUUCAGUUUUCGCAAACAUAGAUGUCUCUGUGGUGUAGUGUAUGUUGUCUAGUGUAUGUGUAUAUUUUUUUGAUAAUUGUCUGGUUCUCAUUUGUAGAAUAAUACUGUUCUCAUUUUUAGCUUUACACUUGCUGUACAUAUUACUGUAUAUGUGUGCUUUUUUCAUUGUUGAAAUAUUAACAUCCACAAUAUUAAGAAACGUACAUGUGUUUAGGCCAAAUGGCUAAUCACUAUAACUUCAGUUUGAACUAUUUAUGUGCCAGUAUCAAAAGCCAUCAGUUAUAUUAGACCAACAUGGCCAUUAACCAAAUCAGUCCUUAUCGAAUAGAUUGACCUGUCUAUUUUUAUUAGUGUGUUGUACUGAACCUUGUUAAUAUUGAGCAAUAAAAGGCUUCUAUAUAUAGUUAGAGGACCAGGGACACUGAUGGUUAAGUCUGAACUUGAAGCUUCUCUACUGUUAGUGUUUCUACAGUGAGUUUGUCACAAACAUUUCAAAGUCCACCCUCCCUUUUCAGAAUGAAGGUAAAACCCACAAAAACAUGUCCUGGUCACAUUUUUAGCCCAAAGUCAAAAGAAAAAAAUUAAAAGCAUUUUGCAUAAACAAUAAAGUGUUAUUGCACUGUGACAUUAUGUUCACAACAAUUAAGUUCUCAUGCCUACUGUAAAGCGUCCAGAUAUUUUUUUAUGUAAAUACUAUUAUUUCAAAUUCUGUUGUUUCUCUUUAUUGUAAUGUAGUAUUUUUUUACUGUAUUACUGUACACAUUUUACUGUAACACAUACUGUAACACAUUUUUUACAUUUAAAAGCACACAAACCAUGAUAUAUGAAUACUUUACAAUUUAAAUAACUGGUCCCUAUAACAUUAUUUAUUUGCUUUACAGUAAUGAUAAUUGUGGUGUUGGGGGGUAUACUUAAUUGUCACAAAAAUAAUGUCACAAUGCAAAAAAAAAAAAAAAAACAAUCUUAAGGCUUUAUUUUCUUUAAGCAAACAAAGAUAUAGUUAUUUAUUUUUUAAUUUUGGAGGUCAAUAAUUAACUUUUUUUUAGAUUCACCCAAGAACUGAAUGGAUGAAAUUUCAAUUAUACAUGCACCCAGGACAUCUUUUGAGGCACCAGUGACAAUGAGUGCAAUGAAGGGUAAACUAGACUGUUCAGGCUUGUUUUGAAGACCCUUUUCCUGUCAUAAGCCCAAGUAAUAAGCCAUCUCCUUUAGACUACCUCCCCACACAUUCAAAACUGAAUCUCAUGUUGUUUCUGCACUGAAAGAGGUAAAAUAUUGUUAGAUUUUUAAACUCAGUGAAAUAGUUUCUUUACAGUUGCACUUUGUGUAGAUAUAUACUGAUAUGAUUUUAUAUUUUCAAGGGAAUUAUUAUAUAGACAGUAUAAUACAAUUAAUUAAAGCACUUUCUUGUUUUAAAUGUAUAUUUUAAUAAAAAAUAUCUGAGCAGAUGGAGUAAGACACUGUCUGACAAUGUAAAUGGGUUUCAACUGUACUAAUUUUUCCUGCAGUUUAUCGUCUGAAAAAGUUGUAAUCUCACUUUAUUAAACUGCCUUCAGAUAAUUUGAGAAUGUCAAUAUGUAAUUUGGAAUGUCAACUCAGCUUUGGAAUGUUGAAAAAUAAGGAAUUUUCCCAGCUUGACAAUAAGCUACUAAAUGAUCUUUAUUGUCCCUUUCGUGGCUUUCUGCUCUAUGAAAAUGUUGUCAUUGAUUUGAUUGUACAUGUAAUCUUAAUGCUGGGAUGUGCUCAAAGAGAAUUUCAUUCCAAUAAAUUUUAGAUUUUCUGAA